UGUUUUUUACCCCUGUCAGGUAUUGCUUUGUUUUUGCUUUGGGAUACCUCACUGUGUGCCAAAUUACUAGAGUCUAUAUCUUUGAUUAUGGACAGUAUUCUGCUGAUUUUUCUGGUCCAAUGAUGAUAAUUACACAGAAGAUCACUAGUUUGGCAUUUGAGAUUCAUGAUGGUAUGUUUCGAAAAAAUGAAGAUUUGACACCAUCACAGAGGUGUUUGGCUGUAAGACGCAUGCCAAGUCUACUGGAAUAUUUAAGUUACAACUGUAAUUUCAUGGGUAUCCUGGCAGGCCCGUUAUGCUCUUACAAAGACUAUAUUACUUUCAUUGAAGGCAGAUCAUACCAACUGCAACAGUCUGAAGCAAAUGGGAAGGAAGAUACAAAAUAUGAACAAACGGAUCCUUCUCCAAAUAUAGCUGUGGCACAGAAGCUCUUAAUUUGUGGACUGUCCUUACUCUUUCACAUGACUAUUACAAAAACAUUGCCUGUGGAAUACAACAUUGAUGAGAACUUCAGAGCUACAGCAUCGUGGCCUGUAAGGGUUUUCUACCUAUACUUGUCUCUCAUGGCUGCCAGACCCAAGUAUUAUUUUGCAUGGACUUUAGCAGAUGCAAUUAAUAAUGCAGCAGGAUUUGGUUUUAGAGGCUACGACAAAAAUGGAGUUACGCGUUGGGAUCUAAUAUCAAAUCUGAGAAUCCAGCAGAUAGAGUCUUCCACAAGCUUCAAGAUGUUUCUUGAUAACUGGAAUAUCCAAACAGCUCUUUGGCUUAAAAGGUAUUUAUUUCUGAAGGGCAAGCUCUUCUGUGCUGAAGUUCUUUUAAGUAAGAUGUUUUUGAAGAAAAUUUAGCAUUUAAAGCUAAAGCUUACAAAACAGUACAAUUGUUUAGCAAUUGCAUGGAAUAUUCAUCCUAUAAUGCCUGUAUUAAACUGUCUGAAUUCAGAUCACUUACUGUAAAAUGUCUGCUAAUGAUAGAAACUGAUUGACUUCUUCACUAGUCAUAGGAAACCGGGAAGUAUUAAUAUGGAGGAGUCUUUUUUACUUCAUUUCCUCUUACCAUUCAAAGCUGUUUGUGUUGCUGAAAACAGUAGGCAGAGCAUUUAGUUUUGGCUGCUAGCCUAUGUAGGCUGGGAAUUUUUUAGCCACGCAGUGAUACAGGAACUUCCAUCCAGUCUGUGCGAGAACUUUCUGCACUCCUGUAAUGGGUGCAUGGCAAAUAUCAAACCCCACAGUAUGCUAUCAAAAAAACAUUUACAAAUGAAUAUCCCCUAGAUGCAUUUUGUCUUGUCUGGGAAACAGAGUGUCUAGUGAUGUAAAUCACUGUGCUUCCACCACUUCUUUGUGGUAAACAGAAACAAAAACAAAAAAGCAUUCUUGAGAGUAGUACACAGGUUUUGUUAAGCUUUGCCUGGUGUCUGUAGAGGCAGGUCUUUUUUCUGUAAGUCUGAUUUAAUUUAAAUCCCCCCAUCUUGGGAUCACUCAGAGGACUUUCUCUCCUAUUGUAGGAUGGCUGGCAACAGCAUGUUGCUUCCAUCAGAUUUCAUUAUAGUAUGUGCUCUGCCUUCCAUAAUUUCUUCCCUAAAUAUUUUCCUGACCUAAUAAUAAAAAUUAAAACAAACAAAAACAAAAAUAGAGGUAUAUCAUUUGAUUGUUCUGGCUGAAUCAAUUGGCAUCAGAAUGUGUCAACUGCCAAGAAGAAUUAAUGCAUAAAUUUAUUUAGAAUGUUUGGAGAAGAAUCUUUGAGGAUAAUCUGAAUACGUACUGAUUCUUUCCACAGUGAAAGGGGAGGAAAGUGGAAUAUUUUCUUAAGCAUUCAUUUUCAGUAAAAGAUUGCUUUCAUGUCUACGUACAAGGACCAUAAAUAGUGGCACAGAGUAUGUGUUACAGUUACCUAUACUUUGUUAGUUGUAGUGCUACAUCAGUUUUAAUAGAAAAACUCACAUAUUUGAACACUUUGUAACUUAUAUGUUUAAACACUUUGAAUAUGCCACUCGUUUACCAUUUAAAAGAAGGUAAAAAACAUAGGUGUUUAUCUCAUAAGAGAUACAGAAAUGUUGGACAUAAACAUUGUUUCUGUGUUGGUUCUUUUUAUAUCUUUGGAAGAGGAACCAUCAUAAUUGUGAAUUCCAAAUCCUGAUUGUGUGUAAAAACUUUGUAGAACUGUUAAGCAGUUAACUGAUCUGCACAUCAUAAGGAUGCUUCAGAAGCAUUGUAGAUCACAAAAUAAAGCAGUUCAAAGGUAGUAUGGUUAGAAGGAUGCAUGUUAAAAUAGAUAUUUGAUGAUGGGGCCCUGGGCAGCCUGGUCUAGUAUUAA